AGAAUGUUGUAUCAAGUGAAUCAUUUUGACGACCGACAUAAAUAAAUGAGGGGGAAAAUGAAAAUAUAACAAAGUAAUUAUGACUAUUUAUAUGAGAAAGAUUUAUACGAGUAAUGUAUUCACCCGCUGGAUGGGGAAAAACAAAAACAUGCCUGGCAGACAAAGUGUUGUUUCUUUCCGCACGACGUCACUAAGACAAAUUCUCUGACCUUUGAAGUGUCGGAAAAAUUUCCUAAGGACAAAGACACCAAUUAGGUUAAUUAAUAAAAUAUUACGAUGAAACAACAGUUAAACUACUUAGAUUUAUAAACAAACACAAGUGGAUACCUAGAUUUAUAAACAAACACAAGUGGAAUAUCAUUUGCCAAGGUAAAGAACAAAUAUGCGGCAAAGAACAUUAUACCAACUGGCUGUCAUACUAUGCACGCAGUGGUGUGUAUGCACGUGCUAUCACUAUGGACCUCCUGCAACAGAACACGUGUGUAGGAAUAUGUUUCCUGAGGGUCAUCAUGUAGAUGCGCAGACGUCCGAGCCGCCAUUCGAGAUAGACCUUUCACAGAACGUAUAUACCCCUUGGGAGGAAGUGCAAGUAACGCUGAGGGCCACACAGGGCUACUUUUUCCGUGGGUUCUUUAUGCAAGCUAGAAGAGCCGAUUGUAGUCACAUAUUUCAGUAUCAGCCCCUGGGAGUUUUCACUGUAUUGCCCGAGGAUCAAAACUUAAUGAAAACAAUGCCGUGCCUGAACCAUAAGGACAGUGCCAUAUCACACAGGACAAACCAGAGUUUUGGAAAAGCCGUUUUUAGAUGGAACGCGCCAGCAGCUAUGAUUGGUCAUCUUUAUUUCACAGCAACAGUUGUCAAAGAGCAGGAUAUAUUCUGGACAAACGUCAGGUCAGUAUUAAUGCGAGACCAAAGCGAUAAAAGACGUGAAGGAGAAUACUGCCCGACAAAGUCACGCAUAGACCCGCAUGAAAUAAAUACAACUCCGAGACCUACACGUGGGACAACUGAAAAACUGCAAGAAUCGACAACAGUAACUGUUACUUGUGGAUGUUCUUUUAACAAACACUGUAGUUUCCUAUUGGCUUUUUCAGUAACAAUGCCUGCAUUUUUAUUUAAAAAGAUAGUCUUAUAAACUAAUAACAGUGAACAACUGAAAAUUGACGAAAUACGAUUGUCAUGAAAGGAUUGAAACAUACGGCCCUAUAAACACGAACUAUGACAUUAAACUGAUCACAAUA